AUGGCAACUGGCUGGUUCUUCCAUUCGGAUUCUCAGUUCAUUAAACGAGAGAACAUGAAAGAGUGGCUCAUGUGGGCUUUUUUCGGCUCAAAUUAUGGAGAUCUCCGGCAGGAGUGGGUAGAAGAGCUAGAAGGAUACCUGACUAGAGUUGAGGAAUACCUGGGCUGCAAACUAGAGGAUGGUUGGAGUGAUACGGCCAAGUGCAUGAGAUCAACGUUGGACCCGGUCGUGACGGUCCAUAGACCUUUGAUCUGGUAUACGAUUGUAGCACUGGUCGACACAAUUACCUGCUCAACUUUGUUGUCGCACGGAUUCAAGCAUUACGACAACCAGAAUCCUUUUGCAUCUUUUCCGUGGAGAUGGGUAUCACUCAUCUCACGAAAAUCCUUGCAUCCCGAUAUUGCGUAUUGGUAUCGACCGCAUCGCUCCAAAACAAAGCAGCCCAUUAUUUUCCUUCAUGGCAUCGGUAUUGGUCUUUGGCCAUACGUGCGUUUCUUCUUCGAGCUGCUCGUGGAGGAUCCUGAAGUUGGAAUUAUCGCCGUGGAGAAUCUUGCCGUCAGCAUGCGGAUAUCUCAGCCGCCUCUACCUCGCGAAGUCAUGCUCUCAGUCCUCUUGUCUAUUCUGGAUCAUCACAACCUGCCUCGGAUCGUACUAGCGGCACAUUCAUACGGAACUGUCCUCGCCGCCCACAUCCUGCGUGAUCCUAUCUUUUCGAAGCGUGUCGUCUCCAUGCUACUCGUGGAUCCAAUCCCUUUCCUCCUAUACCUUCCUGGAGUUGCGCAUAAUUUCGUAUAUCGCCAACCCCGUAGAGCGAGCGAGUGGCAGCUUUGGUACUUCGCUAGCCGAGACCCUGAUAUUUCGCGAGCACUAUCGAGGCACUUCUUCUGGGUCGAGAAUGUACUCUGGAAGGAAGACCUGGAUGGGCGAGAGAACGCUGUCGUCCUUUGCGGGAAGGAUCAAAUUGCUGAUGCGGAUGAAGUUCGACGUUACCUGACCGGUACGAAUGGCAGCGAGUUCAGGUGGCGGAAGGAUGGGCUGGAGGUAUUGUACUAUCCGCACUUAGACCACUCUAAAGAAUUCGAUACCUCGGAGUUGAGACGGCCAAUGGUAGAAAUAUUGUCGCGAUUUGUGCGGAGUAGCGGGACCAGGGAGAGUAUACCCAAUGGCUACACAUAG